GACUGCUUUUUGCUUCCACGAAAACAUGGUAGGAAAAUAAGAGAAGCCGCACUGGGAUAGAUCGAUCACUGGCGUUUUCCAGGAACUUCAGAAAUCACGAAGACAUAUAAACACUAAUAGAAUAGGUUAUAUUACGGUUUCAGUAUAAAGUUUUAUGUGUACGCACGUUGAUAAGUUUGUGAUGAGAGCCAGUAGAGUUUUAGUUGAGAUAUAAUUGGAUUGAAACAAUUGAAGAAGAGAGAUGAGAAUUUCAUGGCCUUUAUAUUGAUUAUGAACUGGAAAUUUGUCGAACUGCAUAUACACACACCCUACUCAACUCAUGAUUAACGGUUUUAUUUUAUGAGUUUUAAGCGAAGUACAUGUAUAUAUGAAAGCCUGUGUUAUUUUACUCUGAUUCUUGUAUGGUUUUCCCUAGCGUCAGACGCGGUUUAUACGUGUGAAAUCUGAGACGACGAUAAUGAAGACACUUGAGGACAUGAUAUUGUAGAUGGAUGUCAAGAUUUAGGCGUUGAUUAACUUCAUUCAUGACAAAUUUAAUUCCAGUUUUGAAAGACGAGUAAUAUAUUUUUCGAGUCACAAAUAAAAGUCCGGAAUUUGCCCCGAAAUAGGCUUAUGCCAAUCAACCAAUGCUGAUUGAAUCGGUUCUAACUUUGAAACUGGAAGGAUUGUAUAACCGUGUAUAUUAAGGGACUGUCAAUAAUUAAACAGACAAGCGACAUUGCAUGCUGAUAAACCGGUCUAUCAAUGUGAUCAGUAUUUCCAUUAAGUAAACCAAAGCGAUGGGCCUUGUAAGCUAAUAUUAUAAGAAACCUUAGAUUGACAACUUAAAGAACAGAUUCAGAUUAAACGAACGAUAAAGACAGGACUAGAUAUUAUUAAAUAUCUUAACCUUCUGGCAUUUCCAAUUGAAGGAUAGAUUGAUAAGCUUAGUUUCUGGGUAUUUUCAAAGAGAUCAUUUGAGUAAAUAAGCGCCUACAUCCUGCAUGAUGGCGAAAAUGUGCUCCAAAAGUCUUUACGCUUUUUUGUGGACGUUAUUUGAAUGUGUUUUUUUCUCCGGUGUGGUAAUCGGAUGGUCGUGGUUUAUAGUGCUAUUCCGGAUGGACGGAUAUUUUAUCAAUAUGUGUAAUACUACGAAUAUGACGCUUCCGUUUAAUAAGCAGUUGUUUAAUGACGUACCUAUAAUUUUGGACGUUAGUCAACCUAAAACUGAAAAGGCCGUUGUACCAGUCCGCAAGAAAUGUAGAAAGAAACAUCGAGGUAAACGUGAUGAAAAUAGGAAUACAUCACGAAUUGGUACUUUUGGUGACCUAACAACUGUCGGAUGGGUGACUGAAAGUAAUACGGCGGUUGAAGAAGAAACGUUUAUGGGUUGUUUUGAACAAACAGAUCAAUUACGGAUUUUAUUUGGGAUUGUGUUUAUUAUACGAGAUUUAAUGACCUUACCAUUGGGUAUAUUUUUUGAUAAGUAUGGUACGACACGGACCCGACUUCUUACCGUACUUGUGUUCGCGGUUGGUACUUUGAUGAUGACAUUUACCAAACCAGGUAUUCCUUGGUUAAUAGUUCCUGCGUUAAGUCUGACUGCUGUUGCUGGAACAUCUGUUCUGUUCACUAACCUGCAAGUUGGAAAUCUUUUCUCUAAAAGACGUCAUACGAUUGUUUCUAUGUAUGUUGGCGCUCAUCAAUCCGGUGCAUUGGUUGCAUUUCUCAUGCAGCUAUCGCAUUAUAUUGGUGUUAACGUACAGACAUCUUUUAUGUUUUUGACUAUUGGUAUUGUACCGUUGUUGGUAUCAACAAUUGCCUUUCUACCGAAAUCCAGAAUACCCUGGCCACUACCAGCUGAUUAUGGUAAGAGAAGAAACCAAUCAUUGGAUGAAACGAUGUUAAGAAAACAAAGGGCUUGGCAAAGGCGAAUGUCAGAAGUAGGUUUGCCUAAAUGUAGGCGACCACAUCCAGAUUUUUCACCUCACGUGGUACAAUCACUCUAUAUAUGGAGUUUGGUAUGGUUAUCUGUACAGACUUUACAAUCAUCAGUAUUUGAAACUGUUUAUGUAGAUAGUUUCACCUAUCGUUCAACUGGCUCGCUAGAUUUUGAGAAGUUAUAUGGUUGUGUUCAAAUGUUAGCUUUUGUCUUUGCGCCAAUGGCUGGAGCGUGGAUGGACAAACGACGCCCAAGAGAAUUGGGUCUUUCACCAGGAACUCAACAGAUGACGAACACUUUACCGGUGAUGUUUGCAACAUCUGCUAUAGGAAUUGUACAGGCCAGUGUUUCAAUGAUACCCAUCGAUGAAGCUCUUAUAUUCUCUCUUCUCUUGAAUGUCAUGCAUCGUGUUUUCCUACUCACCAAUCUCUGUUCAUUUUUAAUGCAUCUGCAUUUUCCUCAACAGCACUUUGGAAAAUUUUUUGGACUUGCCAUGUUUGUUUCUGCCAUCAUUAAUGCAUUCCAGUUUCCUAUCAAGAAUUUUUUACUUCAUAGGUACAACGCUUCUUUGUAUGUGAACAUUUUUCUACUAGUAAUGUGUGUUGUAACAUUGGGUCAUCCUAUCAAUGUUUGGAACCAUUGUAUCAAACGUCUGAUUAGAGACCCACCACGUGAAGAUCGCAGAACCAGAGAUGCCAGUAAUUUGCGUUUGGCAUUGCCGCCAGAAUUUGUCUUGGCCAUGACUGAAGGAAAUGGUGAGAUUGUAGAAUUGGUACCAGGGGAAAUCUUACCGAUUGAAAUUACCGGUAAUGGUGAUAUUCCAGAAGUAAUUAUUCAAAGUGCCAGUGAUGGAUCAGGCAAAAUAUCUUGAAACUGUAUACCUAUUGCCGCGCCUGUUACGAAAGUAUAUUUGUCGGAAUUACUUCCUGUGAAUUGGAAUCCCUCCCGUGAAAGCUCUGUUACAUUGUAGUGUCCAUGACUCGUAUUCCCAGAUGACGUCUGUGUCUAAUAGGACAAUGUUUACGCUACUUUGUUGUUUAUAAGAUUGUAUAGCUAAAAGGUGAUACUUUAAAAGAAACACGUCACACUGAAAAUCCGAUGAUUUCAGUUUGCCAGACUGGAUUUUGUAUGGACUGUGUCAUUUAAUCUUUUUUUUUUUAAAAAUGUGAUUCUUUUUUAAAACUUGUCAUUUCAUUCCGUUUCUUUUUAGAGAAUGUAAAUUCUGAACGACAUUGAUAAUUAUUAGUGCUAAACAUUAAAGUUUGCCGUUCGCAGUAAUUUGUCCACAAUGUUACACUAAAUUACUUCUGAAGUACAAUUCCAGCUGCUGUAGUUUCUUCAAUUAUACUCAUUAUCGAUUUUUUAAAUGAGUUUCAAACAUGCACAAACUAAAGUGCAUAGUACAACUGAUAUGACGUUUAUGAUAAACUUUAAUGUGGCUCGGAUUGUAAAAAAAAAAAUAUAAAAAAUGGGAACCUUUUUCCAUUUUAUUUGAUUACCUUACAACAAUUAAUGUAGCAUACAGACUAUAGUAACAAUAGCAAACAUGGACAUAUCGUAUUCCGUAAAAAUUAUGUAACACGCGAAUUAUUAAAAUAAAAUUGAACCUUAUGAUAGUCCCGGAAUGACCUAAUUUGUAUCGAGUGGUCGUUAAACCCCAUUUCUCCCUCUUUCUCUCUCAUACAUGUGCUUCAAAAGCUU